CUCAUGUAUGUCCGAGUGUCGUCACCAUCCUGCGUUCGCCAGUGCUGGCUGGUUGAGCAAACGCGAUGGGUGCGCACGCGCACACUCUCGCCGCGGUCGUGGCAAUCGCACUGCUCGCGCAAGGCAAAUUAGCGCAACGACACCCGAUCAAAGAAGCUCUAUUCCUGCACAAUGACAGUUUCAUCAACGCGACAUUUGAAGACUGUGUGUGGAGACGCGACAGGGAGCCGUGCCCGGACCCCAACGUGUCUCUGAAUUUGUACACAGAGUCGGAGCCUGUGAAGAAAGUGGUGGACCUGUUCAGCGAGGACUGGCUCCGGCAGAGCGGCUGGGAGCCCUCGCACGAGACCAUCCUGCUCAUCCACGGGUACGCCGGCGGAGACGACACGCUGCCCAUCGCGGUGCUCAGAGAUGCGUACCUCCGCCGCGGCGGCUACAACGUACUUAUGCUCGACUGGGGCUCCCUCUGCCAGCCGCCAUGCUACGUGGCAGCUGUUCACAACCUGCGGCCAGUCGCGCGGUGCGUGGCCGAAGCCCUAGGCUCGCUGCGGCGCGCCGGCCUCCGCCCCGACCGCCUGACGUGCGUCGGCCACUCGUUGGGCGCCCACUUGUGCGGGAUACUCGCUAACUAUCUCACCUUCAGGCUUAAUAGGAUUAUAGGGUUGGACCCCGCCCGGCCUCUGAUCCGGUCGGCGCCCGCUCUUCGCCUGGACCCGGGUGACGCGCGCGCGGUGCACGUGCUGCACACCAACGCCGGCCGCUACGGCGAGGCAGCGCGCCUGGGACACGCCGACUUCUGCCUCAACGGCGGCCGCAGCCAGCCCUACUGCGAGGACACGCCCAACGAGGCGCUCUGCAGCCACAUCUGGUCGAUCUGCUACCAGGCGGAGAGUCUGUUCCGCACGCGGGAGGCGACUCCGUGCGGCCGGCGCUGCUCAGUGAGGGUACCACCAUCACGAGCAUCGGCACUCCCAGUACCUUUGGGCCAAUCGGCUCCCAUGACAGCAUCCGGCGCGUACUGCAUAGAGGACUUCUCCGCGCCAUUCUGCCCUAGUACACCCUCAGAGGAGGGCGACGCCCGCUGCUGCCUCGACGAGCAAUAUGCGGCCGCCGCCACCGCGCCGCCUCGCACCCGUCCGCGGCCCUUCGUGCGACUGCGCAACCGACUCGCGCCGGGCGAUGACGAUAAUACGGUUGAGGACUAAACCCGAAUGAAGGAGAAAAAACUAAAGCAACUAAAAAACGAAUUUUGACAAUUAAAAAAAUGCCAAAAAGGUCCCACCCACACGAAUUGUAUUGAAUGAAACUCUACUCUUACGGCCGGUUCACACAUGUCUCCGUUUUACUGUUCCGUUUUAUCGUGUACGUUUUAUUUUCGUCGAUGUAUGU